AUGACCCCCUACUGUAUUGCUACUCAGGAUGCUGUGACCUUCCCCGAAGUAGCUGUGAGCUUCUCCCAGGAUGAGUGGCUAUGCCUGGACCCCUCUCAGAAGAAUCUCUACAGAGCAGUGAUGCUAGAGACGUAUCAGCACCUUCGGGACAUAGGGCAUUGUGGGGUGAAGCCUGCGCUGAUCUCCUGGUUGGAAGUAGGAGACCUUGGAAUGCCGCAGAGAGGCAUGUUUCCAGAUGGUGGACCACAAAUUCCGAUAGUGACAUUUCAGCAGUUUGCUUUUGGAAUGGAAUAUCUAAAAAAGUAUGAGAUGAGAAACAGCCAGACUCUGUUGGAUGGAACUGAUCCUGUUAUAUGUGCUGCAGCCUGGAGGAAAUUGUCCUGCCCAUAUCCCAAUGGGAGUAAAGAAUCAGGGGGCAUCUGUUGUGGACUGGACCAAAGUGAAGUGAGAUUUCUUUCACCAGAGCCAGUGACCACUGUGCAAAGCUCCCCUGAAUCUGCUCUGCUCAGUCCCUGGACUCAGACCCCCACAGUGGGACCAUCCUGGGAAAUGCAAACAACAGUGUUUGCUCUGAGCCCAUCACAUUCUCAGGCUAACCAGCACAUUACCCAUAGAGUGGAACCACCUGAGUGUAAGCAAUGUGGGGGGGACUCUGUGUGUACCCUGCACCUUGACGUUUUCUCAGACACCCUCAGUACAAAUGAUACCCUUGAGGGUCUGCGGGGUGGGUAUGCCCUGAGUCCACCUGCAUGCCAAAGAGGCACUAAGGAAGUCCAACCACGAGAGAAGCAAAAUAGAUUUCAGGAGUGUGGGAAGGUAUUUUCUCAAUCCUCCAAUCUUAAUAGGCACAAGAGACUUCAUACAAGAGAGAAACCUUAUACAUGUCAGGAGUGUGGGAAGGCCUUUAAGCAAUACUCAGGUCUUUAUCAUCACAAGAAAAUUCAUACUGGAGAGAAACCUUAUACAUGUCAGGAGUGUGGGAAGGCCUUCUCUCGAUCCUCAGUACUCUAUAAUCACAAGAAUAUUCAUACUGGAGAGAAACCUUAUACAUGUCAGGAGUGUGGGAAGGCCUUCUCUCAAUCUUCAGGACUCUAUAUUCACAAGAAUAUUCAUACUGGAGAGAAACCUUAUACAUGUCAGGAGUGUGGGAAGGCCUUCUCUCGAUCCUCACGACUCUCUCUUCACAAGAAAAUUCAUACUGGUGAGAAACCUUAUACAUGUCAGGAGUGUGGGAAAUCCUUCAUUCAAUCCGCUCACCUUAGUAGUCACAAGAAAAUUCAUACUGGAGAGAAACCAUAUACAUGUCAGGAGUGUGGGAAGGCCUUCUCUCGAUCCUCACGACUCUAUCUUCACAAGAAAAUUCAUACUGGAGAGAAACCUUACACAUGUCAGGAGUGUGGGAAGGCCUUCUCUCAAUCCUCAGGACUCUAUAUUCACAAGAAAAUUCAUACUGGAGAGAAACAAUAUACAUGUCAGGAGUGUGGGAAGGCCUUCACUCACUCCUCAAACCUUAAUAGUCACAAGAAAAUUCAUACUGGAGAGAAACUUUAUACAUGUCAGACAUGUGGGAAGGCCUUCACUCGAACCUCAGAUCUUUAUAAUCACAAGAAAAUUCAUACUGGAGAGAAACCAUAUACAUGUCAGGAGUGUGGGAAGUCUUUUACUCUGUCCUCACACCUUAAUAGUCACAAGAGAAUCCAUACGGGAGAGAAACCUUAUACAUGUCAGGAGUGUGGGAAGGCCUUCACUCACUCCUCAAACCUUCAUCGUCACCAGAAAGUUCAUACUGGACAGAAAUAA